GCGUUAAUAACCAGACACAGAGAGGCAGCUACGGAGCAGAUGAAGAUGAAUCCAUGGACCCUCUCUGUGCUGCUAGUUGGUAAGCUGUAAUGCUUCUUCUGUUUACUACCGGGAACGUGUCCGUACACAAACUGGAUCCAGCCGGCCUGUGGGCUCAACCUAGAGCUCUUUUUAGAGUCUAAUGGGACCUCAACUCUACCACUAGACACAGACAAAGAAGGACACUUUGAUCAGUUUACCGUUCCAUAUGUUAUCAUAAUAUUAAUAGCAGUGAUGAUAAUGAUAAUGCAUUGUUUUCUUAAUGGGCCUCACCAAAAAAGCUUUCAUAACAUAAAAGAAAGAAACUUGAUAUCUAGUAGUCUGAAGUUUGACAUGAUAUAUAGUAUAAUCUAUUAUGCUUUAUGAUAUCAAAUAAUGUAUAAUAUGAUAUAAAAUAUUAUUUAAUAUCCUGCUCACUAUCGUGCUGUUUCUACACCACUUGCUCCUCCUGAUAUUGGCCUUCAGUAAAAAUGAACUGGAAACACGAACAAUCUCUACAUGUUAAGACACAAAAUACGGUGGCAUUAACCCAACGUUUUGAACAGAUUAUUUACUCUCAUGGCCUUCGAUACUAAACUACGAGUUUAAUGUAAUACCCUUCAGGGACAUUUUGAAACCUGACAAUCUAGUUGGAAACAUAUGAAUUAGUAUCAGUUAUAAGUAACAGUGUCUAGUUAAAUUGCCUCUUACUGAGGGCUAGUGUAGGCUACUUUAUAUUUUGCCUAUUGUGUAGAAAUGUUGACCGUAAGAGCCACUCCCAGUGUGGGUAUGUGUUGGUUUAUAAAGGAGCUGGGAUCCUCUCUGGGUGAGUCCAGUCACCACAGAAGAUAGAACGUAUCCAGUCACAAUUGACAGGAGGAGUUAGAACUAGACCCGUCAGUCGCCAUGGGGGUGAAGGGCUUGUGGUCACUGCUGGAGGACUACAGCAAGACCAACAGUGAGAUCUACGAGGACAUCCACUUCAGAGAUAGCAAGCUAGUGGUGGACGGCAGUAUCCUGGCCCACCUCCUCUACAACAUGGCCAACCUGGACCAGAACCACGGCGGGGAGUACCUGGCCUUCCAGGCGGAGGUCCAGGCAUUUUUCAAGACUCUGGACAACUGUCAAAUUAAAGCAAAAGUUGUGAUGGACGGAGGCUCGGGCCCCAGCGACAUCAAACUAAACCACAGGAUGGACCGUCAAAGAACGCGUGUCAAGAGGAUCCCUGACGCUCUGAAGGGUGGGAAAAGGGACUUCUAUGCCCUCUUUACCACAACAGUGUUUGAACAGACGCUGAACAACAUGAAGGUGCCGCUGGUCAGGUGCUUCGGACAGGCCGACGGCCAGCUGGCUGCCCUGGCCAGAGAGUGGUGCUGCCCGGUGCUGUCCACAGACACUGACUUCUACAUCUACGACCUUCCAGAGGGGGUUCUGCCCCUGGAUCACUUCCAGUGGGUUAAAACAAGUGGGGCCAGGAGUUACAUCUCCUGCAAGCGAUACACCACGUCCAAGUUCUGGGCCCUUUUCAACAUCGACCACCAGCUGCUGACCGUCUUCGCCGCUUUGGCAGGGAACGACUAUGACAACCUCAGAGAUGUUGAGUGGGCCAGGUAUGUUCCAGCGGGUAGUCCUAAAGUGAGGAUCGGAGGCGCCCGCCUGGUGGGCCUCCUGAGUUGGCUGGGAGGCAGGACAGACCGGACAACAGAAGACACCUUGACAGCAGCGAUGGCACUCAUACCCAACAUUAGCCAACAGGCGUGGACGGAAAUGUGGACGGAGGUGCAGAACGCCAUGCUAGAGUACCGACUCCCCAGCUCCUCUCUGCGGAGGUCUUUCAGUGAGGGAACUGUUCCGCCGCUGCCUGCUGAGAUCUGGAGCAGGGUCCCUGAGUGGGUCCGUGCAUCCCUGGCCAGAGGAGACCUGGGGGCCAACAUACUGGACUAUGACAUACUUGUGCGCAGGAGGAAGUUUCUGCGAAUCCAGGUGGAGUGCAGCGACCUGCAGAGCUCUAACCUCACCUCACGGCCCAUCCGGCAGGUGAUGGCAGACCGCGCUGUGAGGCUGCAGGUGUGUCUGGAGACGCUGGGCGUGGAGGAAGAGACGCUGGAGGGGGUUCCGGCUCACCUGCGGCUCCCAGUGGCUGUGACCCGCUACUGGCUGAGGAGGGCCAGCCCUGAGCCGACGCUCCUCAAAGCUCUGCUGAUGGUCAUGGUCCAAGGAGAACUGAACCGACGGGCAGGAGGGACAACAGGCUGGCAGGGGGUUACCAGCCACAACCCUCAGCCUCUGGAUGGUGUCGUGGCUCACAGCUUCAACCAAUGGCAGGCCUGCCUGAAGGACGCCUCCCAGCUCAACCUGCUGCUCUGCAAGCCCCUCCCUGAACCCCACUACGCCUGGUUGUACCAGGGCAGGCUGGUGCACCGGCGGCAGAAGCAUCUCCAGGAGAGGGAGCCGGAGGUGGAAAAUGCCAACUUCAUCAGUCUGUACAGGAGGCUCCUGGGAGCAGUGACCCAGCCAGACCCCGGGGCCAACAGGAGGACUGGGGGGCCUGAGGCCCAGCUGAGGGCCAGCAUGGAGCACCUUCACCUCAACACCCAGGACGAGGAGGAGGAAGAGGAGGAGGAGGAGGAGGAGGAGCUGGGCGGGGCUGCAGGCCUGGAUCAGGUCUCGGAUGGUUCUAGGGUGGAGGUUAAAAGCAGGAGGAGGAAGCAGUAGAGGGAGGGGUGGGAGUGAGCAGGGGGGGCUGAUGGGGCACAGUGUCGGGGUAACGCGUUACAGUCAUAUAUUAUAUUAAGCAGCAACAGAGUUGUAAAACCUGUUCUUCAUAUCAUUUUGGUAUUGUAUCUUCAAUAAGAACCUAGGAAGGAAGAAAAAGGAGAGUUGAGA